AUGAUUGGAAAUAUCAUAUAUAUCUUAUUCACUUUAACAGUAGUAUCAGCAAAUUUAUUUGACUUUAUACAUAAUCAGUUUCAAGGGAACCAUCAACAAGCUCAGAAACAAACUCCUGGUGAAUACGAAAAUGCUAAUCUAAAUUCGGGAUGUUCGAAAUAUUUAUGUCCUGAUACAUCAAUCUGUGUGGAUGCACCUAAAUUUUGUCCUUGUCCUUACCCAUCAUCUCAAUUGAGAUGCUUUUUGCCUGAUGGCAGAUACGUCUGUAUUUCAAAACCCGCCGGCGAAGUGUCCUUGAAAUACGCAGAUCCAAAGACAAAUUGGAAGAUUGAUGCCAGAGAUGAUAAUAUAAGAGAUUGUGGCUGGGUAGGAAGAGCUUGGAAAGGCUUGGUAUGA